CGCUCAUCGCUUCGUCGCUUCGACUCUCCUGCUUGCCCUCGCUCCCGCUUCGACUCCUGGGCUUCGACUCGAUCGAUCCUUCUUGCUCCGUCUGCUGUGUUGCUUUUGCUUCGACUCGUCGACCGGCUUCGACUUCGAGCUUCGUACUUCGACUUCGAUGACUUCGGCUUACGCUUCGGCCGGCUUGGGCUUGCCGGCUUGGGCUUCGCUUGGGCUUCGGCUGGGCUUGCUUGGCUGGGCUUGGGCUUGCGGCUUGGCUUCGGUUUCGCUUCGACUUCGACUUCGACUUCGACUAUCGACUUCGACUUCGACUUCGACUACUUCGCUUUCACCCCCCGCCGCAGCUCUCGGCGUUGGGCUGUCGUCUACUCUGAGAUGGAUUUGGAUAGAAAGUUGUCGACGUCAGAGCAGAUUUCGGCGCAGCGUGAAGAAGAAUCUGAUGAAGAAUCUGCCGAAAGUUCCUCUGAAUCAGGUUCCCUCCAAAGCAGCAUAAACUCCCACGGCAACGCCGAGACGUGCGGCUGCGCAUGCGCGCGGGAACUGCGAGCGCUGCGAGCGGAGAUGGAGCAGCAGACGAGCGCCAUGCGCGCGCGCGUGCAGCGGCAGGAGCAGACGCUGGGACGGGCGUUGGCGUCGCUGCUGCCGGCAGUGGAGGCGCUCACCGCCAAGAGCGACCGGCGGCUGUCGGCGGGCGCCCCGCCCCCGGCUGGUCCAGGGGCCGCAGGGCCUUCGGGUUCGGCCCCCGCGGCUGUGGCGCCGCCGCCAGCGCUGUUCGCGGCCGCGGCGGCCGGCGCCGCGGAGGGCGUGCGGCGGCGGCUGGCGCAGGGCGACGACCCGUCGGCGCGCGACGCCCGCGGCGACACCGCCCUCCACUGCGCCGCCGCCCUCAACCGCGUGGCGGCGCUGGACGCGCUGCUGGAAGCGGCGGGGGCGGCGGCACUGGAGGACGCGGAGCGGGCGCGCUGGGCGGCGAGCGCGGCCAACGCCCCGGGCCGCGACUUCCGGAGGCCCCUGCACGCCGCCGCGGAGGCCGGCCACACCGACGCCGCCUGCUCACUGCUGGCGGCCGGCGCCUGCGUCGACGCCGCCGACGCCCGAGGCGCCACCCCGCUGCACCUCGCGGUCGCCAACGGCCACUGCCAAGUGGCCACGUUGCUGCUAGAGGAGGGCGCGCCGGCCAACGCCGCGGACAAGUGUGGACUCACGCCGCUGUGCUGCGCCGCACUCGCGAACCACGCCCCCCUCGUGCAGCUGCUGCUGGAGAAGGGCGCCGACCCGCAGCUCUGCGACACCCAACAAAACUCCGCUCUCCACUGCGCCGCUCGGCAGGGCCACCGCGAAACGGUGCAGCUGCUCCUUGAGAACGGGAUGGACGUUGGCGCCAAGAACGAAUUAGGGAGGACGGCGCUUCACGACGCAGCCGACAGAGGCCACGUGGUCGUGAUGGAGGUUCUCUUGGACAAAGGAGCGGAAACGGACUCUGUGGACAAGGCCGGGAAAACGCCCCUUCUACUAGCAGCAGCUGGCGGGCACGCGAAGGCAGUGAAGACGCUGCUGGCCAAGGGAGCCACCGUCGUCGUGGAGGCAACUCACGGUGGAAGCGACUCGCAGAGAGAAGUCGAUCCAGGAAAGCUGCCCCUCGUGGCGGCGGUCGAAGGCGGCAGCGCUGAAGCGGUGAAGGUCCUGGCCUUGGCCGGAGCGACCCCCCAGCCGCUGCGGCUGGCCCUCGAGCGCGCUCGCAACCCCGAGGUCGUGUGGGCUCUAGCGGACGCCAGUCCCACCCCCGACGACUUCCGCGCGGCGGCGACGGACGCCUUGUCGGCCCUGGCGACCGCCGGCAGCGCAGCGGUGCUGCGGGCGGUGCUCGCCACCGGGGUGGACGCGACGGGCGAACGCGCGGCCAAAGCCCUCCUAGCCGCGGCCGAACACAACCGAGCGAAUUGCGUCGCUACGCUGUUAGACGCGGGCGUGACCGACGAGAAGCAGCUCGCCCUGCACGCUGCCAUCAAAUGUGGGCACGAGAAAUGCCUCUCUGGGUUCCUCCAGCGGGGAAUGACGUUUGAGCAGAAAAACAAAGCCCUGGUUGUCGCGAAGGACUGUCACAAAGUCGAAAUCAUGAGGAUUCUUGUCGAGGCAGGGGCGAAUCCUUUUGUGGUGGAUUCGAAGGACGUUUGGGAUUUGAUAAAGCGUUUUCAGGAACAUAAAAUGCAUACGAGAACCUCU